UUUAGCUUAGCUAAUUAGCCGCCUGCGAGCAGAUGCUGCCCGCGGCUGUAAGCUAGCCGUGUUUUCCUCAUAAUGAACACGGUUCGUUUCUGACCGGUUCUGUCUAAACCGGAGGGCUAACGGCGGCGUGUUGUGGACGGAAAAGGUGAAAACGUCAGCAUGAAUGCUGCUGCCCUCCGAAUAGGAGACCAGCUGAUCCUAGAAGAGGAUUAUGAUGAGAACUAUAUCCCCUCUGAACAAGAGAUCCACGAGUACGCCAGAGAGAUCGGCAUUGAUCCGGAUCGGGAGUCGGAGCUCCUCUGGUUGGCCAGGGAGGGUAUCGUUGCCCCACUGCCUCCCGAAUGGAAACCUUGCCAGGACGUGACGGGGGACGUGUACUACUUCAACUUCUCCACCGGCCAGUCCACCUGGGACCACCCCUGUGACGAGCAGUACCGCCACCUGGUGGCUCAGGAGCGGGAGCGCACCCAGCCGCGACUCAACAGGACCGCUCCCGCCGCCUCAGGCUCCGCCCCCACCUCCGCCGCCGCCGCCAAGAAGGACAAGGAGAAGAAGAAGAAGAAAGACAAGAAGGACAAGAAAAAGGAGAAGAAGAAGAACGAGCAGGAGGGGCUGAAAGCUCCAGGAGCAUUGGGUCCUCUGGCCCCGUUAGGCUCUCUGGCUCCUCUGAGAGGUGUGAGUGAUGCUCCGGUUCCAGCACUGCGUGGUUCCCUGGGCAACUCUGUAGGACUCCAGCCUUUAAAGACUCCACUAGGGGGCGUGUCCGGUGUGAGCUCCAGCUUACUGAGAGGCCGACCAGACGAGAGGCUGUCUCUGUCUCCGCCCAUAUUUCACUCAGACCAGGAGGACGAUGAAGUGGAGGAGGAAGAGCAGGAAAGGGAUUCUGUUCAUGAGAGUCUACGAGGUUCUUCUCGUCUGCUGCAGAACCUGCAUUUGGAUCUGAACGCUCUGGGAGGAGGAGGGCUGCAGUACGAGGACAGUGAGGUGAGUGGCACUGGACCUGCUGAGGAGAAAACUGAACCAGAGCUCCAGGAUCUGGCUCUGUCUGGAGACCACAGUCCAGAACCACCUUCUCAGAAGUCAGAGGCCAGUGAGCAGAUUGAAGACGUGUCCUGCCGUUCUGAUGACCUAAAGAUGGGUUUCCGCUCCAAGUUUUCGGAGAACAUUCUAGACCUGACAGACCUUUCUCCAGCUGAGCCCUCAGCAACACUGGAUGAAAAGAAGAAGGACGAGAGAGUGGAAGACAGUGAUGUGGAGGGGGAUCUGAGAGCAGUCAGCAGCAGGCGCCUGUGGACCACACGCUUGGACGAGCCUUCCUCCCCUCUGUCCUCCUCCUCUCUCUCCAAACCCUCCAGCCCGCAGCAGGAGUGGCUCAAAACCAGCAGCCGCAACGGCGCCCCCUUCUGGCCCAGACCGGAGACGGCCCGCGGGAGGUUAACCAGAAGCGCUCCUGCUAAAGAUGAGGACGAGGAAAAGAUAGAGGAGGAGAAAAGGAAGCAAGAAGCAGAGGAGAAAAGAAAAAGGCAACAGAAAGAGAGGGAGGAGGAGGACGAGGAGGAGAGGGAGAGGAAAAGGGAGAGGGAGGAGAGAAAGCGUACAGAGGUGGAGAAAGGAGGGGAGGAGGGAAAGAGGACUGGAGGAGAAAGAGAAAAAUCUACCUUGCGUCUGCUCAGAGAGCAAGCCAGCGAAGAAGAGGAGAAGGAGAGGGAGCAGGAGAGACGACGGCAACGGAAGAGAGAGCAGGAGGAGAGAAGGAGGGAGGAAGAGAAGGAGACGGAGAGACAGAUAGAGGAGGAGAGACGGAGAGCGGUGGAGGAACGAGAGAGGAGACUGCGCCUCCUCCGAGAGGAGCUGAGGAGAGAGGAGGAGGAGGAGGAGCGAAGGAUGAAGGAGGAGAACGAGGAGAGGCUCAGGGCUCUUAAGCAGAGGCUGCAGAGAGAGCGGAGGGAGGAGGAGGAUCGUCUGGACCAGGAGACGCAAACCAAGCUCCAGCAGCUCAGAGAGCAGACGCUGAGAGAGAGAGAGACACAGAUACACACUCUCAGAGAGGAGAACGAGGCGCGCUUGAGAGAGGUGCGGUCAGAACUGCAGGCGGAGCGAGAGAGGCUGGAGGAGCAGAGGAGGCGGGACCUGGACAAGCUGAAGGCGGAGUCAGAGGAGGAGCUUCAAGCUGAGAGGAAGCGGCUUCAGGAGAGGAAGGAGGAGCAGUUAAACUCGCUCAAACUGGAGGGCAGAGCGAGCGACCGACAGAGAGAACUGAGGAGUCCUCGACCUGAACAGCAGCUGUCUGAGUACCAGAGAGAGCUCUCUGAGGUGUUACAGGAAGUGAGGGAGGAAGUGCAGAGGGAGCACAACAGGAAACUGGAGCAAAUCAAAGAGGAGCACCGGCAUCAACUGCACACCAUCAGAGUCACACACAUGGAGGAGGAGAGCAUGCAGAGGGAGCGUCUGCUGAGCGCUCUUCAGGAGGAGAGAGAGAGGCUGCUGUCCUCUCAUACGACUCAGCUGGAACAGCUCAGACUGCAGCUCGACUCUCAGCUCCACAACAUCCGCAAAACACACACACAGAAGGUCAG